AUGGAGAUGUAUCUGCCUGUAUUCCUCAGCAUUGAGGACACCAUUGAUCCUGGCCAAUUCUCCAAAUUCAUUUGCAGCAAUAGCUUUUCCUGUCCUGAGUGCGGGAAAUGUUUUUCAGAGAAGUCUCGUCUUUAUAGACAUCAGAUUUUGCACUUGGAUAGGAAGACCUAUUCCUGUCCCGAGUGUGAGAAAACUUUUCUUCAUAACUCCUCCCUAUUCAAACAUCGGAGAUCUCACACGGGUGAGAAGCCGUAUUCCUGUUCUGAGUGCGAGAAAAGUUUUUCGCACAAGGCCAAUUUCGACAGACAUCAGAAAUCUCACACGGGUGAGAAGCCAAAUUCCUGCCCUGUGUGCAAGAAAAGUUUUUUACAGAAGCAUGAUCUUUACAGACAUCAGAGAACGCAUACAGGGGAGAAACCAUAUAUCUGUACUGAGUGCGGAAAAUGUUUCUCCAGGACAUCCGGUCUUUACAAGCAUCAGAGAUGGCACACGGGGGAGAAACCGUAUUCCUGUCUUGAGUGCGGGAAAUGUUUUUCAGACAAAUCUCAUCUUUAUAGCCAUCAGAGAUCUCACACGGGAGUGAAGCCACUUUCCUGUCUUGAGUGCGGUAAAUGUUUUUCAGAGAAGUCUCAUCUUUAUAGCCAUCAGAGGUCUCACACGGGUGAGAAGCCGCAUUCCUGUCCAGAGUGUGGGAAAUGUUUUUCCGAGAAGUCCAAUCUUUACAGACAUCAGAGAUUGCACACGGGGGAGAAGCCGUAUUCCUGUCCUGAGUGCGGGAAAUGUUUUUCGGAUAAGUCCAGUGUUUACAAACAUCAAAGGACUCAUACAGGUGAAAGGCCGUAUUUCUGUCUUGAGUGCGGAAAAAGUUUUUCAAGAACGUCCAAUCUUUACGCGCAUCAAAAAAUGCACACGGGGGAGAAGCCACAUGUCUGUUUUGAGUGCGGGAAACGUUUUAGAAAAAAUGCAGACCUUGUGACACAUCAGAGAUCUCACACGGGGGAGAAGCCGUAUUCCUGUCCUGAGUGUGGGAAACGUUUUUCAGAAAGGUCCACUCUUAACAAACAUCUGAGAUUGCACAUAGGAGAGAAGCCGUAUUCCUGUCCUGAGUGUGGGAAAUGUUUUACACAGAAGUACAAUCUUUACAGACAUCAGAGAUUGCACACGGGGGAGAAGCCUUUUUCCUGUUCUGAGUGCGGAAAAUGUUUUUCACAGGAAACAGUUGGAAAGUGGAAAGAGAUUGGGUUCCGGGAGCAACAGGGUGCACACAAUUUACACUUCGGAAUACAGAAUCACCUCACAGAUCAGAUGCAUAAGUGGUACAUCACAUGGUAA